AUCUAACCUCUAAGUCCAACCUACAAGCAAAACCUACUGACAAGCAAAGCGAACAUGAGCGAGUACUUAAAUCCGAUAAUCUAUGUAUUCGUUGCCAUUCCAAAAAAACUCAAUGCAUUGGCUGUAAUAGAAAGAGAAAACUUAAAUAUGAGAAUAAUAAGUUGUGUGCAGGCUGCUAUUCUACACAAUUCCAGAAUGUUAGUAGCGGAAAUCAGGAUAUUGACAAUCUGAUCAAAGCAACAUACAAGAAUCAACUUAAAUUUAGAUUAGAAUGGAUACCAUUUAACGAUUUUACAGAUAUAACUCGAAUUGGAACUGGCGGUUUUAGCGAAAUCUAUACUGCUACAUGGACAAAAGGAAGAAUAACAGGUUGGAACAACACAACAAAAGAAUAUAAUAGAGAUAAAAAUCAAACGAUUGUUUUAAAAGUUCUUAAAGAAUCCCAAAACAUUAAUUCAGCAUUCUUAAAAGAGUUACAAAAUAUUGUUACAAGUCAGCCUAACACCUAUGGACGCAACCUUAUUCAAUGUUAUGGAGUGUCACAAAAUCCAAAAACAAAAGAUUAUAUUUUUGUUAUGUCUUACAUGUCUAAUGGAAGUCUAAAUAAUUAUUUAUCAAAUAAUUUUGAGAAUGUUACUUGGGAAAUGAAACUUGACUUUCUUAGAAAUAUUGUUACAGGCAUUAAAUGGAUUCAUGAAAAUAAAAUAAUACACCGCGAUAUACAUGAUGGAAAUAUAUUAAUAGGCAAAUUGACAAUUACUGGGUCUGACUCUACCCCUUUAAUUGCAGAUUUAGGAUUUAGCCGACCAGCAAAAGAUGACCUGGAAA